CUCGUCCCUGGUGCUCUGACACUUUGAGCUGCACCCCCAAGACAGUGUUUGGAUUCAAACCAGAGCCAGCAUGACCAGUAACAGUAACUUGUGACUUCACAGUCAGCCACAGAAUUGUGCCAUCAUGGUUCCCCUUGGAAACCUGCGAAGAUUCUGCAGCAGGCUCACUUGGCAGCAUUUUAGAUUAGCUGAAGCAUCUUCGAUAAAUUGGCUGCCUUCAGCUGUCAGUUUAUUAGCAGCUUAGUUGUCAAGAUGGGUGGCUGUUGGUCAUGUGUGGCCUGCAGGUCUCACCCAGAGGCAGAACCAAAGGAUGAAGAUGAAGAGGGGGCACUGACAGGUCAUCCCAGAAACCUAACCCACGUUGCACCAUUUUCUGGGGGACUCCCCAAUGUUUUGGGGGACACUCUGGGGAAAGAGCUCAUUGAGGAACCUUCCGUGCCAGAACCUCUUCCAGCACCUGGCAUGACAAAUAACAUCCUGGAGGAAGAGCUCAUUGAGGAAACCUCAAUGCCAGAACCCCUUCCAACACCUUGCAUCACAAAUGACCUAUUGGGGAAAGUGCUCAUUGAGGAUACCGCAGUGCCAGGUCCUUCCAUCCUCACAGACACUCCAAAGAAAGGAGCUUCUGUGUCAAAGCCCUUACUAGAGCCUUCCAUUGCUUAUAAUUAUCUUCAGCAAGAUGUAGAACUCCUCAAAGAGUUACAGAAUGACUAUGUCCAGCAGCAACUGAGUGUUAGCCGCAUUUCCCAACAGUUCCCUUGUUCUCUCCGGGCCAUCAACCUGCAAAUUGGACACAUGUGGACAAGGCUCGACCGCACUGAAGUUCGGCUGCAGUGGUGGGAAAGGGAAGGUAUGUUCACAACAUGCCCCUGAAAUUGCUGCUGGGCUAAGAACGGCUCUUUUGUUUAUUUCAUGUUGAAAUGCUUGAUUUGAGUCUGCAUCUAAGGUUUCAGGGGGGAGGCCUGUGAGUGGGUUGUCAGUGCUUGCUGAAGUGUUCCUUUGUUUUCUGUCUUUCAUGUGUCCAAGCUCCAAUGCCUGCAAUCCAAGCAGCUUCUGAGAGUGAGCAGUGAGGGCAAGUGAUGGUGGGUGUGGUAGGAUGUCAGCCUUUGGAGCUGACCUCCUGCUGCUGCUUCUCUCUUGCAGAUGUUCCUGCAGACCCUGCUGCACUUCUCCAGCCCUCAGGGUCGGAUUCAUCAUUGUCCUCUGCCUCCCUUGAGGUUGCCUCCAUCCCACCCUCCACCUCCACCUCUUCCCUCCUCCUGCAUCCCUCUCCACCUCCUCCUCCUUCCCCACCUCCUCUGGAGCCGGACCUCAGCAAUUUGAAAGAAAAUCUGCAGAGUUUGGCAGAGAUGCAGGUCCAUCAGCUGCGUGACCGCCAAAGAGACCUCCACAGCUGCCAGGAAUACUUACAAAGCUUCAAGGCACUGAGGGGACAGUUGAGGCAGCUAAGGAGCAGACUGGCCAGGGUGGAAGCCACUAUGGGGAUCGUGGUUCCUCCAAGGGAGCUGGACAUUGCUGAGGAAGAAGGGGAAGGCAAAUUAAAAGAGACAACUGUGUUACUAUUUAUAUAAGUAGCAAUAAAAUGCUGUGUAUAUAUAUUUAAAAUAUUAAAUAUUUGUUUUAAUAGGAUAUAGAGAUAGAACAGAAAUAAAACUUGCAUAUUUAUUGUUUAAAAAAAUAAAAUGUUUUAUUUUAAAGAAAAUA